CUUAAAUUAGAAAAAAAGGCAGUGGCUGGCAGCUUGCAGUGGCAGAAGUUAAAUAUUUGGAGUUUAUUGUAUGAUUUGAAGAAGUUAAUUACGAAUUCCCAUUUUAAUGAAUGGUUAUUCAUUGAAAUCUUACAUUUAAUGACCUAUAAUGACUUUCAUACCGAAUUGGGAAGAAUUUGAAAAAUCCGCUGAAAUGUUGUAUCUUAGAGAUCCCAUGAAUACACGUUAUUCCAUAAAGUAUUCGCAUUCAAAAGGAGUAUUUCUGGUGAAAAUUACAGACAAUAAAAAGUGUCUCCAGUACAAAACUGAGGUUCAACAAGAUGUCCGAAAAAUUGAUAAAUUUAUUUCCAAUUUGAUACGUCAUAUGGCAUCAAAUGAUAACUAAUAAAUAUUGUUAAGUGAAA